AUGACAACUACCCACUUUACUGGUACGAACCAUGGUUUCCAGAUUGGAAACAGCCAUGGUUCGGUCACGGCAGAAUUUUACCAGGCUUACAACACUGAAGAUAUCGAUCGAUUUUGCUUCAGUGAUCUACGCUGCCCCGACUCACUGGCUGUGAAGACUAGACUUAAAGAGACCAAGGACAAGUUACUACCUCAAUCGUUCGCAUGGAUUUUCCAAAACCCACAAUAUCAAAGUUGGCGAAAUGGAAAAAAGACCUGCCUGCUCUGGAUUAAGGGCGGCGCUGGGAAAGGGAAGACCAUGAUUUCGAUCGGUGUUAUUGAAGAGCUUUCACGGGGACAACACGAAUCUAACACGGUGACUUAUUUUUUUUGCCAAAAUGCCGACAAUGAGCUCAAUACUCUUCAAUCAAUCAUCAAGGGUCUGAUUUUAAAGUUGGCGAAUCAGCGUACCGAGCUUAAAGAAUCUCUACGACGCCGCUGGAACACCAAGCACGACCGUUUUAAUGAGGACGUUACCUCAUGGAGAACUCUCUGGAACAUCCUGUUUGAGAUGUUGGACCGAUGUAACUCAAAGGUAUACAUAAUUGUGGAUGCCCUUGAUGAGUGCCAAGAUAACGGCAUUGCCGACUUCUUGAAGCUCAUCGUCCGUAAUGGACUAGACCAGCCCGCUAAUAUCAAAUGGCUCUUGACAAGUCGACCAUUUGACAGCGCAGAACGUGUACUGUUGGCUGGACACGACCAAUUGCAAAUUAGCCUAGAGCUCAACUCGAAAUAUGUCUCUGAAGCUGUAAAUGCUUACGUAUCUCACAAAGUGGAUGAGCUCAGUCGUUAUCAUAGAUACGGAGAGAUACUGAGAAGAGAAGUGAAGGCUGAGCUUAUUGCGAGGGCUGACGGCACCUUUUUCAUGCGACUGCUUAAGGCCAUGAUGCUGGUUUACCGACCUUUGAAAGUGGAGGAAGUUCCGAGUGUGACUGGCCUAACUAAUGAAGACGACGCUAUUAUGACGUUAGUCAAUCGUUGCGCUUCAUUAAUCAAGGUGCAGGAAAACAACAUCGAGUUUAUUCAUCAGUCUGCUCGGGAAUACUUGGCCGGGGUGAACGGACAGUCUAUGGUUGACUCGCAUGAAUGCUUCGGACAUUAUGAAAUUGUGCUGGGAUGCCUGUCUCAGUUAUCUAAAUGGCUAAAGGUCAAUCUUCUUGACCUCCCGCGACCUGACUCUACCAAAGAAGCUUGGAAAACAAUAAAAGACCAGAAAGGAAUUGUCCAACUAGGUUGUUUGGGCUAUGCAGCUACAUUUUGGGUGCAACAUCUCAAGAACAUCAAGCGAGGGACGAUAGUAAAGAGCGGGCUUGUUGAGAAGGGCGCAGUUGGUUUAUUUAUCCACACAAAGUUAUUGGAAUGGCUUGAGUCUCUUAGCCUUUUGGACGAGCUACCACGAGCUACUGAAGCGUUAAAUACACUAGUGGAUAUAGCAAAGAUGUACAGCUCUGCUGUUAUCUUCAGUCCUGAAUUAAGUGUGGUGAAGAGGAUAAACUUGGACAAAAUUCCAGUCUAUCUGAGAAAGGUGCCGUCUAUGGAGGACACUUGGGCGUCUCAGAUACAGACACUAGCAGGCCACUCUAACUAUGUCACUACAGUGGCAUUUUCACCAGACGGCAAGCAGAUCGCAUCGGGCUCAGAUGACAAAACCAUCAAGCUUUGGGACACUACAGCAUGUGGCCUUCAGAAGACACUGACAGGUCACUCCAACUAUGUCACUACAGUGGCCUUUUCACCAGACGGCAAACAGGUCGCAUCGGGCUCUGAUGACAGGACCAUCAAGCUUUGGGACACCGCAACAGGUGACCUUCAAAAGACACUAGUAGGCCACUCAGACUGGGUUAGGGCUAUGGCCUUUUCAUCUGAUGGCAAGCAGAUUGCAUCAGGCUCUUCAGAUACAACUAUCAAGCUUUGGGAUACCGCAAAGGGUGACCUUCAGAAGACACUACCAGGCCACUCCAAUUAUGUCUCUACAGUGGCCUUUUCACCAGACGGCAAGCAGAUCGCAUCUGGCUCUCGUGAUCACACCAUCAAGCUUUGGAAUACCGUAAAGGGUGACCUUCAGAUGACACUAGAAGGUCACUCAAGCGGGGUGGUCACUGUCGCCUUCUCACCUGAUGGCAAGCAGAUCGCAUCAGGCUCUUAUGACAAGACCAUCAGGCUUUGGGACAUCAACAAACCUCUUAAAAUCUCAAAGUUCCUGGGGUAUUAUUUGAGUAGCCGUUUAAAGCUCCGAUCAUGGAAAGAAGUCAAGACAUCAGAGCAGGUGUAUAGCGUAGAAUUUUCAGCAGAUAAACGGUACCUUGCAACAGACGCUGGACCAAUCAUGCUCAACGGCGUUGCUGCAGAAGAACAGGAUGGAGGACGAGAUUCUUUAUCGGGUCUUUUCGUCAGAAACCAGUGGAUAUGUUAUGGGGAGGUGUCCUUCUUUCGGCUGCCAUCAUAUUCUCGGCCAAAAAUGGUCGAGUCUUGCGCUUUAACAUCGAUCGAAGCUGCUUACAAACAAUGCUAG